AUGAUAAUACGGCAUUUGGUUACAUACAAACAACGACUAUUUUUGAUUCAAAAAAUCACUGAACGAAUACGAUGGAAUUACCGAAUUUUUAAUGAUUUACAACUACCUCAAAUUUAUAAUACGCGUUUAUCAUCAACUUCAACUUCAAAUUACCUUGGAUGGAUCAUAAAGCCUAUUAAAAAUUUAACAGCCAAAAAAAAUCAUGAAUUACAAUUGCCUGUACAUCAAGAACAAGAGCAUAAAGACUUUCAACAUUUGAAACUAUUACUACAAAAUAAAUGUUACGACCAAAUACUUCAAAAAUGUGAUGAGUUAACUUUUGAAGAAGUGACAUAUGUACUCAAUCUUGAAGUAACGUGCGUUCUGCAGAAUUGUGGUUUAAUCAAAAAUUUACCCUUAUCUUUACAUAAGGAUUCAAUGUUACUUGAUGCUGAUCUCGAUUUGGCUAAAACUUCAAUAAACUUCACUCAAGAUCUUGUAAAUAGACUACCCAAAUUUCAAAAAAAUUUAGAAUCCUACCAACUAUGGAUACAUUAUCAUAACAAUAACCCCGAAAAAGUCGUGGAAUCAUAUCUUAGCAUUCCUCAUCCAGAUGAAAGUGCAAUCACAUACUUACUAAAUUCAUUCAUUGUAAAUUAUGAAAUUGAAAUAUUUAAAUCAUUUUAUCAAAAAAUCAUCAUCUCCACUCAAUACCAAUUAUCUUCAAAUUUAUUUCAUACCUUAGUAGAUCAAUUAAUAUUACAUGGAUGUCUUUUUGAAAAUAUUUUUUAUAUGUAUCAAUUAUGGGUUAAUUCUCCAAAAACAGAACCACCAAAACCAGAACUGAUUGCUUUAUUACUUUACCAAUUUUAUAAAUUUGGAACUUAUCAUGAAAUAAAAGAAUUUAAAAGAUCAAUUAAUAGAAAUUAUGGACAACAUUAUUUAGUACGAAGUGUUUUAAUACAAAAUGAAAUAAUUAAUAGAGAAUUUACAUCUUUAAAAAAGAACUUCACUGAUGAUGAUUAUAAUAUAAUUGAGAAUAUAAUGCCAAAUGAUCCAAAAAAUUUAGAAGAAUUUUCAAAUCAUUGGUUACAAUUUAUGGUAAAAUAUUCAGAUUUGGAACAUGUAAAUUAUAUUAUCCGAUUAUAUAAAGAUAAAAUUGAUGAUAAAGUUCCAAUUCUGUUUUUUGAACUGCUUUUAAAUUAUUAUGAAAGACAUGAUCAAUUUAUACCACUUUUAAAAUUAAUUGAAAAUAGUAUUGAUCAAAUUCCUUAUAAAAAUAAAUAUUUAUUAUCAAUUGUUAAAACUUUUAUAUAUUCAUAUUCAAGAUUUUCUCCAUCAUUUAUUGAAACUUUGAAUACUUGGUUAAAUAAACCAAAUUUUUUCAAAAUUACUAAACUUUCAUCACAAUUUUAUCCAUAUCAUUUAAAAUUACCACUAAAUGUUAGAAAAUACAAGAAUUGGUCAGAAAUUAAAUUUAAAGGUUCAAGAAUAAAAAAUGAAGAACAAGUUAGGUUUAGAAUUGAUCAAGGUUUUCCAGUACUUUUACAACAAGGAGUAUACCCUGAUUUUAAAGAAGUAUUAGAUACUUUUCGUAUGGGAGAUUUAGAAGAUAGAUUAUAUAUUAAAAGUAUGUUUUUAAAAACUAGACAGUAUAAUUGGAAAAAUCAAAAAACAUUAGAAUUAAGAUCUUUAAAACAUCCAAGUUUAAAUAAAGAACAUUUAAAACAAUAUUUUAAUUCAAAUAAAAAUUCUUUAAAUGAUAGUCAUAAAUUUUAUUUUAUUAGAAUGUUAAUUAAUUUUGAAUUAAAUGAAGAAGCAAAAUAUUUAAUUAAUUCAAUUGAUAAUUAUAAUUUAAAUGAUAAAAAUAAAAUGUUAAAAUUUAUAAUGGAAAUGAGAUUAUAUUUUAAAUUAAAAAAUUUUAAAAAAAUGAUUGAAAUUAUUGAUACUUUCCCAUUAAAUCAAAUAUAUUUAAGUCCUUAUUUAUUAACUCAAUCAAUUUAUAUUGAAAAUAUGAUUGCAAAUAAUUUACGUAAAAAACAUUCUAAAUUAAAUCAAAAUGAAAUAGAAUUAGGUUGGAAAUGUGUUAAAAAAUUAAGGUCUUUCAUUGGUGAAAUAAGAUUAAUUUUAAAAACUGAUGAAGAAAAAAUUCCUAUAUUAAUUGAACAAACAAUUAAUAUAUUGACGAAAUGGAAACAAACUACAAAUAAUUGUAAAUAA